UCUCCAGGAAAAGAGUCUAACCAGCGACGAAGUCUCGGCAAUGACAACGAGUCACGACAACGUCGUCUACGCACCGAUCGGCGGCGACCCCAACUACCAAAACGUCGUCGUUUUACUCCCUGUAUACUACCCUCGCCGCCGCCGUCUCCUCUAUCGCCUCUGCAAUGCGUUCCUUGCCUGUGCCGUUUUCCUUUCUAUCACCGCCGCCGUCUACCUCCUCUAUCCUUCCGACCCCACCGUUCAAGUUGUCGGACUCCACCUCAAUAGCGUCCAAGUCCACACUUCGCCUGUGAUUUCUCUCGACCUCUCUCUUGAUCUCACCAUUAGAGUCAGAAACAGAGACUUCUUCUCCUUCAGCUACACUUCCCUCACCGCCUCCGUCGGCUACCGCGGAAGACGGCUAGGGUUUGUAAACUCUUCCGGAGGGUAUUUGAGGGCGAGAGGUUCGUCGUACAUCAACGCGACGCUUGAUCUUGAUGGAAUUGAGGUUCUUCAUGAUGUUUUUUACUUGCUUGAAGAUCUAGCCAGAGGCUCGAUCCCUUUUGAUACAGUUUCGGAGGUUCGAGGAAAGCUAGGGUUGUUGUUCUUCGAGAUUCCGCUGAAGGCAAGAGUAUCAUGCGAGGUUUAUGUAAAUACAAGCAACCAAACAAUCAUCCAUCAAGAUUGCUACCCAAUGUGAUUGCAGUGGAUAAUGUAAAGGCCAGAAAGUCAUCCCAAUCGUGAUUUGGAUAUGGUAGCACAUCAUAGGGUUGUGGUUGGUACUGUCAGCAGCUGAUAAGGUUAAUUGAGAAAGCGUCAGCAUGUGGAUGUGAAUAGCUUACAGGUUAGUGCCUGUGAAGAGGAUUGAUUUCAUUGAAGGACAGCAGCAAUGUGUGAUAGUAAGAAUAUUAGCUCAUUACUGUUAUUUCUUCCAGAAGAUUGCUGCCGUAAUUAUAGCACCAUGGUUACUAUUAUGUCUAUUUGUAAAUUCCAUAUGAUGGUUAAGGACUUCUGCUGCAGAAGCUGAAAGUGGGUUUUUCUAAUUUUGUUUUUCAA